CGUGUUUCCGUGCUUUAGAACCUGCGACACUCCAUGUGAAACCACAUGGAUCUCCGCGUAGCGCAUGGCGCCCUCUCCACGCGUCGAGACGCCACGCACCGCCGCGUGGGCGGCCCGACCGUGGCCCUUCUGCCUGCUUUGGAGCGCGCUGCUCCUGGCGCCGCCGGUGCACGGCACGGUCACCGGAACGGUGGAGUUCGAGACGGACUUCGCCACCUUUUCGGAGGGCGAGCACUUGGUGAAGAUCUUGGUGGUGCGCCGUGGCGGCUUUGAGGGGAACAUCACGGUGAGCUAUCAGAUCCUCAACGAGACCAAUGCGACCUUAGGUUUGGAUUACAAGGACCAUACCUUUCCAUCGCUCUUCUACGAUGAACGCAUGGUGGGCUCCAGCUUCUACUCGGUACGGAUGAUCGAACUCUUGGAGAACCAAGUCUGGGAGAGGAGCAAGGUGAUCUCCCUGGGGCUCAGCGCCGAGCCGCCGGACGCGCUGGGCCCGCGGUCCAUCAUGACCAUCUGGAUCCGCGACGACGGGGACGGCGGCCGCAUCGUCAUCCCGCGCGAGACCUCGGUCAACGAGGAGUUCCGCUUUGCGAACGAGGCCUGUGCCGUUUGGGCCGAGCGCCAGGGCCCCACCAGCGGCUGGACGCAGAUCGAGGUGGCGCGCAGCCCCUGUGGUUCCGACUUCGCGAUCCAAGAUGCGCAGCCGGCCGUGGACUACUUUCACCUGCCGAUGCCAAGGGGCAAGACGAUUCGUUGGGAGGAUGGGCAAGCUGGCCGGAAGUGCUUGGUCGGCUUGGCGUCGCUUGAGAUGAUCAAGGAGCUCUUUGAGGGGCGGAUCUUGUGGAACGAAACGACGAUCUUGACCAUUCCAGACAGCCUCGAAGAAGAGGAGGGCGUUUGCUUCCGUGCGUCGCUGAGUCGUGGAAGUUCGGCCAGCCUGCCGGUGGAGCGCUUCCUGUUGGAGCUCAAGGAUUUGGACUUGGAGGAGUUCCAGUGCUUCCGCGGCUCCACCUGUCGCCUGGAGUUGGAGGGCGUUCCUUCCGGGCCGCAGGCCUUCGUGGCAGCCUCCGAGGCCGACGGCUGCGGCUGGUGCAGCGUGGCGACCGCGGGCGCCAACGCCACGGACGGCAACGCGACGCCGGCGGCCGCGCCCGGCGCUCCGCUGGCGACCUUCGCGGUGGAGGCCGCGACAGAGAUGGUCCUGCCGAGCGGCUUCGCACCGGGGAGGUAUCCCCUUUGCGUCCAAGAGAGCCAGUUGGAGAUCCCGUACUGCUUCCGGCUGGCCUCCGUGGUCUUCGCCGGGCCCCUCAUCAGCAACGCGGCGGUGUGCAUCAUGGGCGCUACGGACUGCCUGGUGGAUGUGCACUACUGGGCCGGCUCCGACUCUUUGGCGCACCGCGCGGGCGACCGGGUGCGGGUGCUGUCGCGCUGCGACUUUCCGGCGCUGACCAGCGAGGGCAUGCGCUCUGGGGGCGUUGCCGAUUUGGUGGAGCUGCAGCUGCAGAAGGCCACGUUCCGGAUGCGCGGCGUCGAGGCCAUGAGGCGCUCCGCGAACGGCGUCUACGAGCUCUGCUGGUGCCGCCCCAGCAACGACACCCUCAACGGCAGCUCCAGCCGUUCGUGCGAAGGGGAGGAGGACUUCACGGUGGUGGCCGGCACGUUAAGCUUUCUGGGGCCGAACCCCAUGCCGACGAUGCAGGUCUCCAUGAAUGCCGUCUUUCACGUGAGCGGCGUCUACGGCACCGGCUUGAAUGGGGGAGACCUGGCGCUGAUCCUGCCGGAGUGCGGGAGAGCCGACCCCAGCAACAGGCGUUUCGAGCCGGCGAACUUCACGGCUUCGGAGAGCCGCUUCGACUUCGGGAUCCUGUCGCCGCAGCGCGGCUUCCAGGCCGGGAUCUACCGUCUCUGCUGGUGCCAACAGCGGGUGGCUGACAGCUACCAGCGCUUCUUGCAUUCCACCGCGAGACUCUCUUGUACGAGGCCGGAGGACUUCCGCGUGGACUUCGGCGAGGUGCGGGUGAGCUGCUCCGAGCGGCAGUACCGCUUCGAGGGGAAGUGCAUUCGUUGCUGGUACAUGAUCGAAGAGUCCGCGCCCGGUGGAGAGAUGUGCUUCAUCACGCCUGGCCGUCUGGCGGCCACCCUCGUGCUCAUCGGGGCCCUGUCCUGCUUCUUUCUGGCGAUCUUCAGCAGCUUCGAGGUCACCCGGAGACCCUGGAACCUGCAUGGCAUGCCCCGGCGCAUCGACGACAUCUGCACCCGCAGUGGAGGGGAACUGGUGGUGACGUCCAAUGGGCUGCACAACUUCAUCGCGCCCGGCGGCCGGCCGAUCCCCAUCACCCUCUGGCGCACGGGGCACUUCCUCCUGGAUUCCAAGCCGGGGAAGCUGCUCCAGUUCUACGCCCUGCCGCACAACCAGCGCAGGCUCCAGGUGGUGACCGAGACCGGGCAGCCCAUGUGCUUCGAGGCGGACUCAUCCAUGGGUACUGUGCGGCUCAGCGCCUGGCGGACGCUGGUGCACUCCACCUUGCCAGGCCUGCCGCUGCCGCUGAUCCUGCAGCUGGUGGGCCUGUCCGGCGUCUCUGUGGGCCUCCUCGUGUGGUUGGAUCCCUACUACACUGAAACCUUCAUUACGCUGCUGAUUGGCAUCGUGGUCGCCCUCUUCGCGCGGAUCCUCUGGAGGCAGAUGAUUCGCUCUGGGACCACGUUGAGGACCCUCCUGAACGACUACCGGAAGAUGAAGAAGGCGGACUUGAAGAGGAAGACGCUGGCCGUGCCGCGUGGCGCCCAACGGGGGCUGCGCGUCUGGAAGAUCUUGGAUUUGCACCACCACUUCCGUUCCAUCAUUCGACAGAGGAACAUGUACUAUUUGGAUCCCAACAUCUUGCAGCCCUUGACGAAGUCAGCGAAGCUCUCCUUUGCGGAGUACGUUGGCCCGGACCAGGUGGAGUGGUUCGUGAGCCACUGGUGGGGCACGCCGGUGAGCGUCUACUGCGAUGCCCUGAUGCGGCAUGCCAAGGAGGUGAAGCGCCACCAGGAGUCCGAUUGGUCCGUGGCACCGGUGGACAGUCGCACGCCGGGCGACGGCAGCUGGGAGAACACGGCGUACUGGAUCUGCACCUUUUCCAACAACCAGUACAACAUCCAGGAGGAACUGGGUGGUGGACAGCACACGGAGUCCUCCUUUUACAAGGCUCUCCACAGCGAGGGCUUGAAAGGAACCUGCAUGAUUUUGGAUGAGUUGGCGCAACCGCUGAAGAGGUCCUGGUGCUUGUUCGAGCUGUUGCAGACCAUCGAGCUGGAGGAACGAGCCAAGGAAGAGACGCGGCCGUUCGAAGGGUUGCUCUUUUGCACCUCCAAUGGGGUGCUGAACUAUGGCUCCUCCACAGUGGAGAUCUCCAUCAAGAUCGGCGAGCGCUUGGCGGAACUGAGCCUGGCGGACGCGGAGGCCACCACCGAGAAGGAUAAGAAGAUGGUGGCGGAUCUGGUGCUGCAAACGCGCGGGAGCUUCGCGGAGAUCGACCACGUUUUGAGACUUCACAUCCGCGACGCGCUGAAGGCGUGUCAGGAGCAGGUGAACAUUGACUUCCGAGCGCUCUUCGCACGGCUGCCGGGCGGUGGCUCGCAGCCAUAUCCCUUUCAGACCGCCAAGACACUGUAGACGCAACAGAACGUUCCAUGUCGGAGUGAGUGUCGGAGUGGCAUUUGAGUCUCAUCCAGUGGAUUUUGACACCCCCAGAAGGCCGCCCUACCCUCCGUUCGUUUGGUACCGCGACAUGAAACUCUUUGCCCGUUUUGCCCUCCACGUGUCGUUUUUUGCCUCUCCUUCGUCCCCACAGUCGAAGACUCCGGGACAUGGGAGAGGUUCGUGGGAGGCAGCUCCCACAAGAGGGGCCAGAGAUCUGUUCGGCCAGACAAAGGGUCCGGGG